AUUGUGAUGAGAUAACUUAUAUUUGGUUUGUGCAGAUCAUAAUUGUGAUGAGAUAACUCAUAUUUGGUUUGUGCAGAGCAUAAUUGUGAUGAGAUAACUCAUAUUUGGUUUGUGCAGAGCAUAAUUGUGAUGAGAUAACUUACAUUUGGUUUGUGCAGAGCAUAAUUGUGAUGAGAUAACUUGUAUUUGGUUUAUGCAGAGCAUAAGAUAGUGAUAGUAAUGAGUGAGUGUGAGUGGGAGGUGUUGGACGUGGGUGGAGAUGAUGAGACCCGUCAGUCGGCCACCGGUGCCGUGUCCUUCACCUCGCUGUACGAAGUUGUCAAGCUUGCUUACCUCCAGCCAGCCAAUCCCUCCAGUUUCUCCAAGGAGAAAUUACCACAUGUGGUGAGCAGUGCGGCUUAUGGCAUGGUCUGCGUGGCACUUGAGAAGACCAUCCUGCUCUUUGCGGAGAACUGCUCCACACUGGUGCUCCAGCUGCCUCUGCCUCACACCAUAGACACUGCAACUGCCAGUGUCAGCGCCAGGAGACGCCAGCAAGCCUGUGGUGCUGUCAGCGCACUGCCAGCAGCUGACGGAGGGUGCCUGCGCCCUGCUCUUCCUGACUGCCUGCGGCCACCUCAUUAG